AUGUCCUCUACGAAUUCCAACGAUCCCACUUCUUCUCUCAGUGGACUUGUUUCUUCCCUCCCAGACUUUUGGCAACAUGCGCCAGAGCUGUAUUUUUUCCGUAUUGAGGCGACUUUUCACUCCGCCAAGAUAACACGUGAAACCGACAAGUUUUAUAAGCUGGUCGAGGCCCUCCCUCCCACCAUUCUUUCUCAAGUGCAGACGCUUCUGAGAGAUCCCCCGACUGAUGCUCCUUACACCAAGUUAAAGGCUGAACUUCUUCGCCUGACAUCAGUCUCCGAUCGGCAGCGUUAUCACGCACUAGUAAAAGAGGAGGCCUUAGGUGAUCGCAAGCCGUCGGAACUCUUGCGUCGCAUGCGUUCUCUGGUUGGGAACAUGAAAAUCGACGACAAGUUCUUUAAAGAGAUGUUCUUAGAACGUCUGCCGACGUCUGUACAAACAAUCUUGGCCUCUGGCUCCGAAGACCUAGAAAUAUCAAAGUUAGCGGAGAUGGCUGACCGUAUGAUGGAGGUUGAGCGUUUGUCAUCCCCGACGAUUGCUCAGGUGUCUCAGCCUCUCAACGUGUCCACCUCUGACCUUGCUGAACUAAAGCCGCAGAUUGCCCAGUUGUCAGCGACUGUUGCCGCUUUGCAGCUGCGCCGAUUCCCCUGGUCCUCUUGGGCAUCCGCUCCGCUCUGAAGCCGGACCUUGUUUGUUCCACAGCUGAACUGGUGUUCGGUGCCACCGUCCGACUCCCCAAUGAGAUGAUCUCGCCAACCCCUCAAGGUGCAUUUGAGGAUCCUACCAACCUCCUGCAUCGUCUCCGGCAGUUUAUGCGGACACUUUCUCCGGUUCCUCCCAGGUCCUCCGCCUUUCCGUCUUAUCUCGAGAAGGACUUGGCAACGUGCUCUCACGUCUACCUUCGAUGUGAUCGAGUCCGCCGGCCUCUGGAACCGCCCUAUGACGGCCCAUUUCGGGUGCUCUCUCGCGGGCCGAAGACUUUCCGCAUUCAGCGCGACAAUCGUGAAGAGGUCGUGAGUGUGGACCGCCUCAAGGCUGCCGUCCCUGACACUCCUCCGGAUGAAUCCUGUGGUCCUGUACCUUCUGCUUUCCCCCAUGCAGCCUUUAUUCCACCCUCCCGUAUUUUCCCGCUGCCCUCCUGUCCGCCAUCUCCGACUGCCACCACCAACUCCAACACAUCCGCCAACAAAUUUAUUCACUCUUCUACGGACCCUGUAUAUAUCACUCGUAGUGGUCGUCAUGUACACUUUCCUGAUCGGUUGGUCACGCAUUUCUUUUAG